AUGCUUGCUACUGAAGGUCUCCAACCACCGCUUACCCCCUCAGAGAGAAACAUCGUCGAGAGCUACGGCGGAUGGACGAAUUUCAUGCUGAGCUACACGUUGAAGUCCUGGAAAGAUGAGGACGUUGAAGAGGCGUUGCAGAUUCUGCAUGGGUUGGGUUGA